AUGGACAAAGUUGUGUUUCUUGGGUAUGUUGAUAGCGCGAAAGGAAUAGAGGUGGAUAAGGAAAACGUGAAGGCUAUCAAGGAAUGGCUCACACCUAAGUCAAUCACUGAGGUAAGAAGUUUUCAUGGUUUGGCUAGUUUUUAUCGCCGAUUUGUCAAAGAAUUCAGUACACUAGCCGCACCACUCACUGAAAUUGUUAAAAAAUCUGUAGGUUUUAAAUGGGGUAGUGAGCAAGAUCGUGCAUUUAUUGAAAUUAAAGAAAGGUUAUGUGGUGCUCCUUUAUUAGCAUUACCUGAUUUUUCUAAAACUUUUGAGAUUGAGUGUGAUGCCUCAGGAAUAGGUAUUGGAGCUGUUUUGAUGCAAGAGAAGUGA